GCCAGUUCUGAAGUCAGUCUGCAACGAACACUGAUACAGCAAAACAGAAACAACAGUGUUCUCUCUUUUCUUAAUUCGACAUGUAAGCUUUUAGUAAAAGUAAAGAUACACUGUUAAAUAAUACAUAAUAUAAAUUAGGGCUUGCUUUUCUCUUUCUAAAUCCAGAGUGGGAAGAAGGAACUCAAGAGUUGGACACAUUUGAGAUACAAAUAUACAAAUUCAGCAGGUCAUAAGUUUUCUUUCUUUUUUUAUUUUUUCACUCGCUAUGAUAUUAAAAAGAACCCGCUGGAUCAGAAAACAAUUAUAAUUUUAUUUCUGGCGCACCGAAGAGGACAUUCAUUUUUGUUUUGUUUUUAAAUCAUUUAAACACAAUUGUACAGGGGAAGUUCGGCGUUCAUUUUUCCACAACUACCGAUUCAUCAUAUUUUACUCGUAUAUGAGUCGCUCACAGGAGUUUUGUUAGGAUAACUGAAAAUAGGAGUAAAAGAAGUAAAGUGACAUGCCGUUUAAGACUGGUAGGAAAACAUAAUAUCGAUAUUCAACGACUUUAUCUACAGCAGUAUUGGGACUUUUUUUUUAUUUCUAGUUGUUCAAAUAAUUCUUAAUAGUUCUAAAUCAAAACAAAGAACUACUGCAUGCUUGAACAGAACCGGCGUGUUUGUAGAGGGAAGUACACGCAUAUUUGAGGUUGCUAAUCUGUACAAAGGACUGUGUGGAUAGGGGUUUGUUAUUUUUUCGGACUCUUCCGGUUUCGUUUUGGAAUUGAGGUACCAAUAUUUUUUUUCCCCCAAAAGAGUGGUUAGAUUUAUUUGAACAAAAAAGAAAAAAAAAAAAAAAUGCCUCAAUUAUCUGGAGGAGGCGGCGGUGGAGGGGACCCAGAACUCUGUGCAAAUGAUGAAAUGAUCCCCUUCAAAGACGAGGGGGACCCCCAAAAAGAGAAAAUCUUUGCAGAAAUCAGUCACUCCGAGGAAGAGGGAGAUUUGGCUGAUAUUAAAUCUUCUCUGGUAAAUGAGUCCGAGAUAAACCCAAACGACAACAACCAUGAGGCAGCUAGACGAGAACUGCAGGAUUCUUACCAUGAAAAACACAGAGAACAUUGUGAUGGAAAGCAUCACGACAGCUUAUACAACAAAGGACAUCCUUACCCAGGCUAUCCCGGUUACAUCAUGAUGUCAAACAUGAACAAUGACUCUUACAUGCCCAACGGCACUCUGUCUCCUUCGAUGGUCAGAACGUCAAACAAGGUGCCGGUGGUCCAGCCGUCGCAUGCAGUUCACCCGCUUACUCCUCUGAUCACCUACAGCGAUGAGCACUUUGCACCCGGGCCUCACUCGGGACACCACCCUCAGGAAGUUAACUCCAAACAAGACAUACACAGACAUCAUCAUCCUGGUCCUGACAUGGCCAAUUUCUAUUCGCUGUCUCCUGGAGGAGUUGGACAGAUUACCCCACCUCUUGGAUGGCAAGGUCAGCCUAUGUAUCCAAUGUCAAGUGGUUUCAGACAACAGUACCCCUCCACUCUCCAAAGCGACACCCCCAUGUCCAGGUUUUCACAUCACAUGGUGCCAGGUCCCCCUGGACCCCAUGCAACUGGCAUCCCUCACCCUGCCAUUGUGAACCCUCAAGUCAAACACGAACACCCGCAUGACCACGACCUAAUGCACAUGAAACCUCAACAUGAACAGAGAAAAGAGCAAGAGCCCAAAAGACCUCACAUCAAGAAGCCUCUAAAUGCUUUUAUGUUGUACAUGAAAGAAAUGAGAGCAAACGUAGUAGCGGAGUGUACGCUGAAGGAAAGUGCAGCCAUCAAUCAGAUCCUGGGGAGGAGGUGGCACGCGCUAGCCCGAGAAGAGCAAGCUAAAUAUUAUGAAUUGGCCCGGAAGGAAAGGCAGCUUCACAUGCAGCUUUACCCAGGCUGGUCUGCAAGAGACAAUUAUGGAAAGAAGAAGAAGAGGAAGAGAGAGAAGAUCCAGGAAACCACAUCAGGUACAGGCCAGAGAAUGAAAACUGCGUACAUCUGAACAAUGGAGGAAAAAGAAAUGCAUUCUCCACGUGCAAAUCAAAAACAGCAACUCUGGGCCCCCCUUUUUAGAGAUGGAAGCCUUUUCGAUUCAACUGCACAGUCACCUCCAAAGGAAACCCAUGCUUGACUUUUUUUGCACCUUGCAGUAACUGCUUUAGAGACACCUGAACUGUUAAGACAAUCACCGUCUGAACCACCCCAUUUCCUCAACCUUCACUAUCACAGAUCCCCACUAUCGCUGAUGAAUGAGCACACUCCAGGUUUCUACAAUUACUGACCUUGGGUUCUUCACUACCUUUUACAAUGUUAACAAUGUUACUUACUUUGCCACAACUACCCACACGCCCCUCCCCCCUACCCCUACCCCACUUGCACACUUGACAUUGCUGUCCUUGCUAGACAAAGAAACCAACCCAUGUUGGCUUCCACUUGCGUCACACCCAGCAGACUACACUGCCAUGCAACACAUAAGGGGAUAUGUGUUAUUAAGGAAAACCUUAUUUUAAAGAAGAAAAUGGUGCAAAAGGAUCAAUAUUGAUUUUUAGCUCUUUAUCAAUUUAAGUUGAAUGCUUUUAUAUAUAUAUAUUUUUUAGUUAAUUCAUGGUGUAUAUUUUAGUGGCUUUUUUGUUUUGUUUUGACUAUGAUAUUUGUCUUUUUUUUAUUUUUAUUUUUUUAUAAAAAUAAAUAAGCUUUGGAGACAGGAAGGCCCAAAGUUGUUCUGCUGGAGUAUUUCACAGGAAAAUGAGAGAAUUUGAUAACUAUUUGUAACAAAUAGUGACCUCUCAGUCUUUGUAAAGCGUACAGCAGAGCUCAGUAUGUGUACUUUUUUAAAUUAAAGUUGUCGGGAGAUGUAAGUUGCUGGUAUUUUUGCAGGUGAUUUUAUAAAAAACAUGCUGCAUAGUUACGUAAAGGCACAUUUCUUUAAUUUUUUUUUUUUUUUACCACAAAACAAAUUAUACAACACACCCCAGCACUUGGCAAUCUUUGCUUUAAUUGUAAUGUAUUUGUCUGUAUAAUGUAUGUUUGAUAGCUUGUAGUCUCUCUUGCCAUUUCUACUCCAUUUUUUUUUUUUUUUUUUUUUUUUUUGUAUUUAAUGAUACAAACUUUUGGUUUUGAAACACUGUCAACAUGAUGCAGCUGUUUGUAUCAUAUUUUAACAUUUUAAAUGUGCUAAAUGUAAAUGUUUCUCUUUUUUUUUAUGAAAAUUCAAUAAAAAGCCACAUUUGACUGAAAAUUGAGUUCCUGAAAAUAUUGAGAAUACUUUUGGCAGCAUUUUAGAUGAAUAGGAAUCGGUACUGGCAUCUUGCCAGGCUUUCUCCAUCAUACUUCUGAAAAGUUUGCCUUACACUACCACCUGCUGGAAGAUAACCAUAGCAUAUCGCUGGUUUCGCCUUGCAUUAACAGGUACA